GGGCGGAGCGUUCUGCACGGCUGAGCGUUGGGCGCUGCGAGGAGCUCCGCGGGGUUGAAGACUUUUAAGAGUCCAAAGGCUUUCUGACUAAAAAGACUUCCAUCUCCCAUCCAUAAUCUCCGCCAUGAUUCAUAGUCUUUUCUUGAUCAACUCCUCUGGAGACAUUUUCUUGGAGAAACAUUGGAAAAGUGUGGUCAGCCGUUCUGUUUGUGAUUACUUUUUUGAGGCACAGGAGAGAGCUACUGAGGCAGAAAAUGUGCCUCCAGUCAUCCCUACCCCUCAUCACUAUCUCCUAAGUGUUUACCGCCACAAGAUCUUCUUUGUGGCUGUGAUCCAGACAGAGGUCCCACCUCUGUUUGUCAUUGAGUUCCUUCACCGAGUAGUGGACACAUUCCAGGACUAUUUUGGAGUCUGUUCAGAGCCAGUGAUCAAAGACAAUGUGGUUGUGGUUUAUGAGGUAUUGGAAGAGAUGCUUGACAAUGGGUUUCCCUUGGCUACUGAGUCAAAUAUCCUCAAAGAACUGAUAAAGCCUCCCACUAUCCUUCGAACAGUGGUCAACACGAUAACAGGAAGUACCAAUGUAGGUGACCAGCUUCCAACUGGGCAGCUGUCCGUGGUGCCUUGGCGACGGACUGGGGUGAAAUACACCAACAACGAGGCCUACUUUGAUGUGAUUGAAGAGAUCGAUGCCAUCAUUGAUAAAUCAGGCUCCACAGUGGCUGCUGAGAUCCAGGGUGUAAUCGAUGCUUGUGUCAAGCUGACAGGAAUGCCAGACCUCACCCUUUCCUUCAUGAAUCCCAGGCUGCUGGACGAUGUCAGCUUCCAUCCUUGUGUUCGUUUCAAGCGCUGGGAAUCCGAACGAAUCCUAUCCUUUAUCCCUCCUGAUGGGAACUUCCGUCUGCUCUCCUACCACGUCAGUGCGCAGAAUCUGGUUGCAAUCCCAGUGUAUGUCAAACAUAAUAUCAGUUUCCGGGACAGCAGUUCACUUGGACGUUUUGAAAUAACAGUGGGACCCAAACAGACCAUGGGGAAGACCAUAGAGGGAGUGAUUGUCACCAGUCAGAUGCCUAGAGGAGUCCUGAAUAUGAGCCUCACUCCGUCCCAGGGAGCACAUACAUUUGACCCAGUGACAAAGAUGCUGUCUUGGGAUGUAGGGAAAAUAAACCCUCAGAAGCUACCAAGUUUGAAGGGGACCAUGAGUCUUCAGGCUGGGACUUCUAAACCAGAUGAGAACCCCACAAUUAACCUGCAGUUUAAAAUCCAGCAGUUGGCUAUAUCUGGACUCAAAGUGAACCGUCUGGAUAUGUAUGGAGAAAAGUACAAGCCCUUCAAGGGUAUAAAAUACAUGACCAAAGCUGGAAAGUUCCAAGUUCGAACCUGAACAGAGAAUCUUGCCAAUGAACAGCUAGAAACACUUUUUUCAUUUCUUACUUGUCUAAAAAUAUCAGCCUGUCUCUUAGGUCAGUCCCCGCCAGGGCCUACUUGCUCCCUUUUUUCCUCAGCCUUCAGUGCCAUGGAACUAAUCAAGGGAGAAAGGGUCACCAGGGAGAUCUUGGCAAAACUGAAACUGAGCACAACUCUGUGCUAGAGAAGAGGUGUGUGAUGGAGGGAAGCCAUACUUGACACUGGAUUUAGCACUUUUAGAAAAACACCAGCAUUUGUUGCUUGUGGCUUUAGUAUCUAAAGCCAAUGAAAAGAUAUCUUGACUUUUUUUUUUAAGGUAGAAAGUUUGGAAGAAAAAACAUCAAUGUUAGUUAAGGAAAAGCCAGUUAGAGAUCUGAUCUGUAGGGCCAAGGAUGUGACUCAGUGGUAGAGCCCUUUGCUGAACAUGUGUGAGGCCCUGGUUCAUCUCCAGCAACACACACAAUGUAAAAUAGAUUCUAUCUAUGAGGGAGAAGCAAGAGGAAGUCCAGGGAUAUAUACUAAAAAGAAAGACCAGCAAGAAACGAGUACAUGAAUGAGAGGAUGGGAGAAUAGAGCUGAGUUGGUUUCUUACUAAUCCCUCUACUAUGUAAAAAUAAUUUGUACUUGUUGAAAUUAACUGGAGACUUCUUAAAUUCAAGUCUACUGUUGACAUGGAACUCCAGUAGAAUCAGAGUUCAUCUUAAAGAUUGUGGCGAUACUGGACUAGCUCUUCAUUCUAAUUUUUGAUUGCCUUUAGUAUAUAGUCUGUCAUCUUCAGUGAGCUUACCUGUCUGCCUCCCCAAACCAUUCUUUUCACUUCAGUUUACACAAUUCACAGUCCUUUCUGGUUACCUGUCACUUGCCUGUAGUUUUCUAAAAGCAGGAGACUUUAUGCCUCAUAUUAGAGUAGAAACAGCAAGUCAUUUCCCAUAAAGUCAUUCCUUACCUUAAACCAGUGAUCUCAUAUUUACAUUCAUUGGUGCUGGACCCAGUGGGGCCCUUAGGCUGCCUGUCUGAAACUUUAAUAUGAGGAGACGUAGAUAAAAGGAGCUUUUAGGGCAUGAGAUUCCUGAAGCUUCUUGGUAAACUUAUCAUUUCCUUUUUUUUUUUUUUUUGUUAGUCAUGGGGCUUGAAC